AUGUUUAGAAAGAUUGUACGGUAUUUUACUAUAGGAACACGAGAAUCCGCCUACGUUUUGGCAGUUACUUCAGCAGGCAUAUCACACGCAGUGACGAAGGCCUGUAGCUCGGGCAUGCACGACAGCUGCGGUUGCGAUCGCACCAUCUACGACCACGAGAGACAGCCAAACUUUGAAUGGUCUGGCUGCUCCGAUAAUAUCCAUUUUGGUGCGGCAUUCUCAAGAAAAUUCCUUGAUUCACGCGAAAAGGGACGUGUGCAACGAAACCCCAAACUGGGGCUCACCAAUUUGCACAACAACCAUGUCGGUCGACAGGCUGUAGUUAAAAAGAUGGACAUUAAAUGCAAGUGCCAUGGAGUGAGCGGAUCCUGCGAGAUGCGGACAUGUUGGCGCGCAUUGCCCGACUUUCGCUCUGUGGGUACUCAGCUCCGUGAGCUCUUCCAAGAGGCGGUAAUGGUAGAUUACGUGAACAACCGCCUCGUACCUAAAUCAGCACUCUACCAUCGCCCGCAGCCCUCUGGGCCACCCCGAUCCUCAUCGUCAGCUCAGUCUUCGGUGCCCGUCGGAGGUGGCAUGGUGGGGCUACCAAUGUUGAAGGAGAAUGAGCUUAUCUACACUACCCGCUCGCCCUCCUACUGCCACCACGAUCCCCGCUUCGGUAGCAUUGGAACCUACGGUAGACGCUGUAGUGUCGACUCCAAGGGACCUGAUAACUGUAACUUCCUCUGUUGCGGUCGCGACUACCGCAGAGAGGUGUUUAUUCAACAGGAAAAGUGCAAAUGCAAGUUCCACUGGUGCUGCGAGGUACGAUGCGAGACAUGUGAGAAAACUGUGGUCGUUUCCACCUGCAACUGA